CAUACGCCACACGUUGCGACCAGCUGAGCUGAGCCGAGCUGAGCAGCCUGAGCUGAGCUUGCGCAUACCGCUCGCGACAUGGCACCUUCACGCUCUCGAUCCCUCAAUGCAAUCAUAGAACACUUUUGAGGAUGACCUACAAGUACACCGACCUCGAAGGAACUAGCGAUUCAUCCGAUAUUUACAUCCGUCUCUUUCACCUUUCGCCUGCAUCACCAGCAGGACGCAUUACAGGCCAGCUGAAGCCCGUACCUAUCUCCGAAUCUCCUUCUUACACAGCGCUUUCGUACUGUUGGAGUCGACACAUCGAUGUCGGCACACUUUAUAUCACACAAUCUGACGACACCCUUGAGAGCGGUGUCCCGCUGGAAGAGUCUCUCACGGUGCCGGCUUCCGUGCUUUCCUUCUUGACUCGAAGCCAACCAAAAGCGGGCCUUCUGGAUAGAUGCGGUCUGCAUCAAUCAGCAAAACGAUAGAGAGAAGUCCCCUCAGGUGCCGAGAAUGAGAGACAUCUAUCUGCGAGCAAAGCGCACUCUUUGCUGGUUAGGUCCAGAGGCGGGCGGUAGUAUGGAGGCUAUUGCAUAUAUCGAGUCGUUGAACAAACUGUUCAGACGAAAGCUAGCGGAAUUAGGUUUUGGAAAAUUUACUAAAGACAAGGUUGAAAUGGGC